AUUGAUAAAUCUAAAAAAAAAACAAAAGGUUUCUUUUGGGGACUAUUUUGCCUCACAACACUUUGCAUAUAUCCCUCCAAAAUAAAAGGAUUUUAGGUCAAAAUCUCACAACUAUCAUAAAGCGGUGAAUUCAUAAUCAUUUCAUGUAGUAACUUUCUGUGAGGGAGCUUUUAGAGGUGGAUGUCUGGUUCCUAUCACCACCACUGUGAACAGUUCUGACUCGACUUGCUGCCAAACCUGCGGCGCCUUCAAAACACUGCUCUUAGCAUUCUGCGCGUUUGUUCCUACACAGCUGUGCGUGAGUGAGCACUGGCCAAGAAAAUAAUGUCCUGUGGUUGAAGAUGGGCGGCAGCGGCUCCAAAGUUAAAGGUUAUUGGCCCUUUUCUGGCUCAGGCGGCGGAGAUGAACCUACCAAAGAGGGCAAAGAGCAGACCCUGGCCAGGGUCCGGAGCUUCCGAAACGGGACGCCCUUCGUGUUUACCAGGAGGAGCUCCAUGUACUUCGAUGAAGAUGGCGACCUGGCUCACGAGUUCUACGAGGAGACGGUGGUGACGAAGAACGGCCGGAAGAAAGCGAAGUUGAAAAGGAUCCAGAAGAACCUCAUACCUCAGGGAAUCAUAAAGCUGGAUCACCCCUGCCUCCAUGUAGAUUUCCCGGUUAUCAUAUGCGAGGUUUGAUGAAGGAGAACAGUCCCAGAUCGUGCGCACACUGUGACGACUCCGUCCCCCCCUCCUCCUCCUCCUGUGUGCCAGAUCCUGGAUUUUCUCUCUGUGUAGCGCCCCCAAGAGGCCGCUCUGUCUCACUGCAUGCUUGUGGACUCGCAGCGGGCAGGCUGGGGAGACAGUGACCGCGUGUGAUUUGGGAAAGACGAUGAUCUUACUCUGAUCUAUCUCCAGAACCGAUCUGUGAGUGAGAGUAUUCGGACUGUGCUCUAGAGCCUGUGUGGGUGUUCAUUGAUCACCGAUGUGGGGCGACGCUUUAGUACCUCGUCCUCUGUGUUCUGUCACAAUGUUAUAGCUGUAGAUCGUUUAGAUGCAGAAUGUGUGAAUGGACUGUUCUUUUCUUUUGAGCCUCGCUGUUCUAGAGCUGAUUUACAUCAUCACGCCAUUCUAGAUCAGUUUGACAGUUCCAGAAUGCCACAAAAUGGUUUUUUAUUGCUUCUAGAAGUCCUUAAAAUGUGUUCUACACUCUUAAAAAGUAAAGGUUCCUACUUUGAUGUAUGCUUCUAGAACCUAAGCUUUUAAAAAGGUUCUUCACACUUGAACAUCUCACCAAAAUUAUUCUUAAAAAGGUUCUUCAGGGUACCGAAAGUGGCUCUUUGAUUGCACAGCUCCAUGACACCUUUAUUUUUAGGAGUGUAGAACCGUUCUAGAACACUAUAGUUGAUGUAGCAAGAACCCAAAGCUUCACAGCACAGAUUAUAAGCCCUGGCUGUAGAAAACUUGGACAUAUUUAUAAAAUAAAAGACAGUAACUGAUGGAUUGUCCUCGUUUCCGCAUGUUCUUGUAAUUCUUUUUUUUUUUUUUUAAAUAACCAGCCUGAAGGAGACGGUGGCUGUGUACUAUGCUGUGAUUGGAUAUCUUCUGUAUUAUGUUAAUCCAACUGAUGCUCUUUGAUUGGUUAGCAGUGUAGAGCAUCGCUCACUGUGACCCGCCCUGCGUCCACUGCUGAGGCGAGUUUAAUUUCACUGUUAAUUUGUUACACAUUGGUACAGUUGGGUUGCUUUUGUUUGUUUUUUUUUGUUUGUUUUUUUAAAUAACACAUUCAAAUGCA